AUGGGUCAAACACUAUCGGAGCCGAUCGUCGACAAGUCGUCCGACAAGGGCGAAGAUGACCGCCUCCUCUACGGCGUGUCGGCCAUGCAGGGCUGGCGCAUCAGCAUGGAAGACGCCCACACCACUGUUCUUGACCUACUCCAGAACUUCCCCCUCGCCGCCAAGUCCCACGCCUCGAAAAUCAGCUUUUUCGGUGUAUACGAUGGCCAUGGAGGCGAUAAAGUAGCCCUGUUCGCUGGAGAGAACGUACACAAAAUCGUCGCCAAACAAGAGUCUUUUAAGAAAAGCAAUUACGAGCAAGCCCUCAAGGACGGCUUUUUGGCUACUGACCGAGCCAUCCUAAACGACCCUAGGUAUGAGGAGGAGGUAUCGGGCUGCACUGCCUGCGUCGGCCUCAUCACCGACGACAAAAUCUACUGCGUGAGUUUCCGUCUUUCAUUUCCCUUUUCUGAGUCGCGCUUAUGGCCUGCUAGCGGAUUGCUGACCCGUGGCCCCCUCUUCCAGGCCAAUGCCGGUGAUUCCAGAGCCGUUCUCGGUGUCAAGGGUCGUGCAAAGCCAUUGUCGUUCGACCACAAGCCACAGAAUGACGGUGAGAAGGCGCGCAUCACGGCUGCCGGCGGCUUCGUCGACUUUGGUCGUGUCAACGGCAACCUUGCCCUGUCCCGUGCGAUUGGCGAUUUCGAAUUCAAGAAGAGCGCCGAGCUGUCUCCCGAGCUUCAGAUUGUCACUGCGUAUCCCGACGUGACCGUCCACGACCUUACGGACAACGAUGAGUUCCUCGUCAUUGCUUGCGACGGUAUUUGGGAUUGCCAGUCCUCGCAGGCUGUUGUCGAGUUCGUCAGACGCGGUAUUGCCGCAAAGCAGGACCUCGACAAGAUUUGCGAAAACAUGAUGGACAACUGCCUUGCCUCCAACUCUGAGACCGGCGGCGUAGGCUGCGACAACAUGACCAUGUCCAUUGUCGGUAUCCUCCGUGGCAAGACAAAGGAGGAGUGGUACGAGGAGAUCGCCCGGCGGGUGGCUGAUGGCGAUGGUCCGUGUGCCCCGCCCGAGUAUGCGGAGUUUCGCGGCCCGGGCGUUCACCACAACUUCGACGACAGCGACAGCGGCUACGACAUUGAGACUGACCACCGGUCACAAUCGUUUGGCAUCGGCGGCAACCGGGGAAGAAUAAUUCUUUUGGGCGACGGUUCCGAGGUCCUGACUGACUCGGACGAUACGGAGAUGUUCGACCGUGAAGACAAAGACCUGGAUAGCCAGGUCUCCAAGGCGUCCGCCUCGUCGGACGAUGAGACGGACGAGACCAAGGCGAGCGACGUGAAGAGCGAGGGUGCCGCAGAUGGCGCCGCAGUCAAGGUGGAGGACAGUUCCAGUGGUGCCGAGACAACAGAAGCCUCAAAGCCAGCGGAUGCCGAGGCGCCUGCCGCUGAUGCAUCCGCCAAGUAG